AUGGCGAAACCAACAUCUACAUCUACGCCCACAUCCAUGCCUACGUCGGUGGAAACGGCAGCAGACACCAUCGAGCUGUUAGAGUCGCGGUUACGCAGGAUCGAAUACCUGUUGUCGGGCGAGUCGAGCUGGACAGGGGAGCCACGGCGGCUAACAACAGCGACGGGUGUUGGCGACGGUGAGAAGCCGGCGAUGACGCGGCUGGCCAAGCUGGAGUAUGAGUUGAAGGCGCUGGCGAAUAAAGUACCGGCUGUGAGGGAUGUUUUGGCACUCUCAAGACCUUUUGUUUUUAUCCUAGUCCGCUACAAAGCCGCCGCAGCUAAUCUCUCUACAGACUCCCGCUUCCCAGACCUCUUCCAAUCAAUCCACCCCAUCACCACUACCACCACCACCUCUUCGUCUUCGUCUUCCUCACCCCAACCCCCAGCGAUCCCCAGCACGCUCUCCCAGCAAGCCCUAACUUCCAUAAUCCUCUCCUACGCCUCUGCCUUUCCCGAAACCGCCUCCCGCCUCACCUCCCUCAAGGACCUACCCAUCCCGCCCGCGUCCCUGUCGGCAUCACUGAUAGAGCUACAGCCACGUCUGGAUCGACUGGUAGCGGUGCAGGAACAGCAGGCAGCAGAGAUAGCGGAGCUGCGAGCGCGUAGUGCGCUGGUGGCGAAGCGGUGGGUGGAAGUUGGGGUUUUGGGCGGUAGUGAGAUUAUUACUCCAGGGUCCCUCGAAUGGUGGACCUAUGAAUCUCUCUGGACGACGGCCAAAUUGCUGGGCCCUCAUUCCCAGAGCCAUCGACCAGAGGGGGAAGCGGCAGAUGAUAUAUUAACGUCGCACUUACAAGCUAUUAUCCCCAAUGGAAGGUUACCCAAGACUUUGUGUCAGGGCAUCCAUCAAGGAUCUCCCUUGCAGUUUGCAGCUGAUGAAUUCAGCAGGUCCAUGUCCUGUCCCAAUACAAUAGUAGAACCACAUGAUUGCCUGUUGAACAGCCUUCUCCAAUUCUCCACAGUUGAAGUGAUCUCGGUCAAGUUUUCAGAGCGACACAAAAACAUUUUUGAACUCCUGGUCAGCUUUAUCGAGCCGAUAUACUACAUGCAACAUGUGGCAACUACCAUGAAAACCCUGUGGCUGCCCGAACAUUCGUCCACGUUUCAACCUUCCCUCCCCACCGGGUUCAGGCAGGAGGCGCAGUUCUCUAAAAUGCAAGGCAGCUAUUCAUUCAAAGAGGUCCAGCUCCUCCUGACGCGUAUUAGCAGUGAAGGUGAGAUGGAGGUUAGUGGGUAUAUUUUAGACGGGGCAAAGGCUUGA